GAAAGAGUAGAUCGAAACUUCAAUGGCAGCUCACAAGAAACUUCUGGGCACAUGGUGAUUUGCUAUUUGCAUGUCAAGCCAUAUAUAAUUUUCUCUUCAGUUCAGUUUAGUCUUUAUUCAUUCUCUGACUCACUUAUAAUUCUAUCCCACAAUUAAGCUAUCAAUUUUCCAAUUUAAUGGCUUCUUCAUCUUCAUCUUGUACACAUCAAUGGAAGUAAGACGUGUUCCUGAGUUUCAGAGGGGAAGACACCCGCAAAAGCUUCAUUGACCAUCUUCAUAGAGCUUUGUGUCAAAGAGGAGUCAACACUGUCAUCGAUGACCAGCUCGGUAGAGGACAAGAGAUCUCUCCAGCACUUGUAAAAGCAGUUGAAGAGUCCAGGUUCUCCAUCAUCAUUUUCUCUGAAAACUAUGCUUCUUCAACUUGGUGUCUGGAGGAACUUGUCAAGAUUAUUGACUGCACCAAGGUGAUGGGACGCGCAGCUUUACCAGUUUUCUACAAUUUGGAUCCCUCUCAUGUGAGGAAACAGACAGGGUGUUUUGCACAAGCAUUUGCUAAGCAUGAAGAGGUUUAUAAGGAGCAGAUGGAGAAAGUGAUCAAGUGGAGAGAGGCUUUGACUGAAGCUGCCAAAAUUUCUGGAUGGGAUUCUCGAGAUAGGCAUGAAUCCAUACUUAUUGAGGAAUUUGUCUCAGAUAUAUCUAAUAAAUUGAUAGGUACAUCCUCUGCAGGGCUGGUUGGAAUGGAUUCCCACACAAAGGCAAUGGAUUCACUAUUAUGUAUGGGGUUGGAUAAUGUUCAAAGUGUAGGAAUUUUGGGCAUGGGUGGCAUAGGUAAGACGACUAUUGCUAGAGCUAUUUAUGAGCAAAUUUACACUCAAUUUGAAGGCUGUUGUUUUCUUGCAAAUGUUAGAGAAGGCUCACAAAAACAUGGCCUGGAUCAUUUACAAAUGGAACUUCUCUCAAAAACAUUAUAGGAUGGAAAUCCAAAUGUAGAAAUUUCCAAUACAAGAAUCAAUUUUAUAAAGGAUAGACUCCACUCUAAGAAGGUUCUUAUUGUUCUUGAUGAUGUGGAUAACUUGGAACAGUUGGAAUAUUUAGCAGGAAACCAUGACUGGUUUGGUUCAGGAGGUAGAAUUAUUAUAACAAACAGAGAAAAGCAUUUGCUUAUUACACAUGGAGUCAGCACUAUUUAUGAAGUUAGGGGAUUAGAGGAUAGUGAAGUUUUUCAACUCUUUCGUCAGUAUGCCUUUAAACACAACCACCCUGGAGAAGAUUAUAUGCAGCUAUGCUACAAAUUAAUACAUUAUAGUAAAGGUCUUCCCUUAGCUCUUAAAGUCUUGGGUACUUUUUUGUAUAGCAAGAGCAUACUUGAAUGGAAAAGUGAAUUGGACAAACUAAAAAGAAUUCCCAACAUAAAAAUUCAGAAUGUGCUUAAAAUGGGUUUUGAUGGAUUAGAUGACAAAGAGAAAGAUAUAUCUCUCGAUAUUGCAUGCUUUUUUAAACCUUAGGAGACUAAUUCUUGAAGGUUGUACAAGUUUGUCCAAGGUUCAUCCAUCCAUUGGAGCUCUAAACAAGGUUGUUUUCCUUAAAUUAGCAGGCUGCAAGAACCUUAAGAGUUUUCUAAGAAGCAUUUGUAUGGAAUCUCUUGAAAUUCUUACUCUCUCCAGGUGCUCGAAACUCAAGAAAUUUCCAGAGGUCCAAGGGUGCAUGAAACAUUUAUCAGAGCUUUCCUUGGAGGGCACUGGAAUAAAAGGAUUGCCCUUGUCGAUUGAAUAUCUUACUAGACUUGUUCUAUUAAAUCUGAGGAACCGUCAAAACCUUGAGUCAUUAUCAAGCUGUAUUUAUAAGUUGAGAUCCCUUGAAAUUCUUAUUCUCUCAGAUUGCUUAAAACUCAGAGAGCUUCCAGAGGUCUUGGAAAAUAUGUGGAGUUUGUUGGAACUUUUCUUAGAUGGAACUGCUAUAAAAGAACUACCUUCAUCAAUCCAACAUCUAAGUGGACUUGUUCUGUUGAAUCUGAGAGAAUGCAAAAGCCUUGCAAUUCUUCCACAGCAUUUGUACAUUGAAAUCCCUUCAAACUCUUAUUCUAUCUGGUUUCUCAAAACUAGACAAUUUGCCAGAGGGUUUGGGGAGCCUACAAGGUUUAGAGAAGCUCAAAGCAGCAGGAACUGCUAUAAAAGAGCUGCCACCCUCUAUUUCUCUUUUGGAAAACCUUGAAGUAUUAUCAUUUAAGGGAUGUAAAGGACUAGAAUUCAAGCCAAGGAAUUCACUCCUCUUUUUCCAGUUGUUGCCCGCAGAAAUUCCACACUCUGGGGGUUUGCAACUGCCUUCUUUCUCUGGUUUAAGAUCCCUAAGAAAGUUAAAUCUAAGUGAUUGCAACAUAUCGGAACGAGCAAUUUCCAAUGACUUUAGCUCUCUGUGCUCAUUGGAAUAGUUAGAUCUGAGCGGAAACAAUUUUGUUACUCUACCUGCAAGCCUCAUCAACUUUCACAGCUCAAAGGCCUUAGGUUGGGUUAUUGCAAGAGGCUUCAAUCAUUACCAGAGCUUCCAUCAAGUAUAGAAGAAAUAGAUGCCCAUGAUUGCACGGUUCUGGAAAACAUUUUGUGUCCAUCAAGUGUCUAUACAGAUCCAAGGAAUGUGGGGGCCUCCGAUUCACAUUUUCUAAUUGCUUCAGACUGUCUGAGAAUGAAAGCAGCAACUUUGUGGCAGCUAUAUUAAGGGAAAUGCAAAGUCUGGCAAAUAAAUUACCAAGAUUUCAAUUCCCAAUCCAGAUGGUACCAUAUACUUCAGUACUUUUGUUCCUGGAAGUCGAAUUCCUCAGUGGUUCAGCCAACAGAGUAUAGGCUCCACAGUAACAGUACAUCUGCCUCCAAAUUGGUGUGACACUAGGUUGAUGGCAUUGGCUGUGUGCGCUAUUUUUGUAGUUAAGGGUGCAGUCCAUGAUUGCCCUGGUAAUAUAUUUUGUCAUUUGAAUUUGACUCAAGGUAAAACUGGUCACUUUUUUGCUCCCAUCAAUCCAGAACACCGGAAUUCUUCGGAUAAAGGGCGCAAAUUGAUUAAAUCAGAUCACAUGUGGUUUGGGUAUAAACCAAUUUCUCGAAUUGGGAUUGGCCACGCCAAUUGGCUAAAUAAACUGAGUCAAAUUCAGGCUUCAUUCCAAGUCUAUGGCCCAUCUUAUGAGGUGAAGAAGUGUGGGGUUCAUCUACUAUAUGAACAAGAUGAGAAAGAAGACAAUCAACCAGAAUUUCAGUGCAGCACUACCGAUGAGAAUUCAAGUUUCUUCACUAUUAAAGAUUACAGUGAGCUUACACCUCUUCUUUUUACAAUACUGAUAUAAUGAAGCAAACCACUUCUACAUUGAGAGGAUGCAUCAGCACAAGAUGCUCAAACUCGAAAGGUAAGUCCACCAAUGGAAAGAUUGAAGGAAAUCAUGUGGGGCUGCAUCUUGGUGGAAUAUUCAGAAUGCAUACAUUGGGAGUGACAAUUGGAUAUAGGAGGAAGUUCAAGGAUGAUGCGGGCUGAUUCAUGGAGAAUUUGAGCUGAAGAUAUGUGGCUGCCACUAACCAUAGGAAGCACCACCCAUAAGGGAAGAAAGGAAAAUACAGUCAUGACUACCGUAAAAGGUGCAAUCACAUCAUCCCACUAGCAUGGAAGGACAGGGACGGAUGUCAUUUUUUUCUGAAACAGAAAAUUACCAAAGUUGCAUGACAUGUGAAAAAGGAAAGAUUUGGUGUGCAUGUGGAUGAAUGAGGGCUCUUUUAAGAAAAGAAAAAAAAAGUUCGGAUCGUGUUGGGCGGACGCAAAUGACAUUGUUGGUUCUCUCCGAACUGGUGAGGGAUCUUUCCAUGUUGGUAAAGCUACAGGAAAAAGACAAAUGAACAGUGAUGCAGAGAGGAAGACACAGGAGGAAAGCAGGAGGAUUUUUUAUGGUUUUGGUGAGAAAAUGAGAGACAGAUAUCUCUAAAGGAUGGCCUUUUGCUAGUGAUGGAGGAAAGAUUGGAUGCUCAAAAUGUUGUUACUGGUAUUGAUAUGAAUAAUAGAGGAAGGGAUGGAAACUAAAAUGAGCCAAGGGCGUAGUGGACGUGUGACAUUCCUAGCACGUGACCAAGGAGACUAUGCUCCGAGAUUCACAUAUAUGCCCUUCGUUCUUUCACAUAAACAUGUUUGUCUUUCAGCUUCAAUCUGAUCCAGCGACAAUCCAUUCCCUGCUUCAUGAAAAUCUAGGGUUUUUUCCACUUCGUCAACUUCAAAUCUGAACCUUUUCGCCUCGAAUUUUUUAUUUUUAAUGUCCUUGAUUCAAUGCGUUGAACAAUGGCCUUGUGGUUCAUCUAGGUUGCUUUGGGUGAUCGAGCUUGUUUGUUGUCCUGUUUUAUGAUAUAGGAUUAUUCUAAUUUUGUUAUAUGGAUGAGAGAUUCAAUUUGGCUACGAUGAAUAUGGAAAUAGUUGGCGAUGUGGUGUCUUUGGACGUCGAAUUGUUGCAACUCCCGAAGGUGUCGCCUUUUGCUCUCAAGUCAAACCCUAGGGUCUCUGAGAAGCUUUUUGACUAGUGACUUUUGCUUCCUGAGACUAACCGUCUGGUGACUUCAUUGCUGAAUGAUGCAAAGGCCUUGAAUAUCCCUAGAAAUUCUUCUACGACAAAUGCUGCUGCAAGCAACUCAUUAUCUUCCAUGUUUCCCGCUGGUAGUGCACUUCCACUGUCACCAAGAAGUAUAUCUGGUUCUCCUCGUGUUGUAAAACAGAGGAUUGGCCCUUUUAAUUUAAGUUCUCCUCUGAAAUUAGCUAGUGAGCCUAUUAGAGAAUUGAUACCUCAGUUUUACUUUCAAAAUGGUCGCCCACCUCCAAAUGAAUUAAAUGAGCAAUGUUUGUUUAGGAUCAAUCAAAUUUUCUAUGGUCACUUGGAUGGACUGCAAAUACAUGAAUUUAGAUCAGUUGCUAAGGAAAUUUGCAAGCUGCCUACAUUCCACUCCACUACUCUUUUCAGAAGGAUUGAUGUUAAUUUCAUUGGGAUUGUUACUAGGGAUGCCCAUUUCACUUCA